AGUAUGAAAGAGAGAGACGUUUAAAAUUUCAUUACAAAAACAGAGAGAGCAAAACAAAUCCCACAUGGAGGAAGAGCUGCCUGCUCCGUUACGCCCUCCCUCACAUUGUUAUUGCUAUUAGGGUUUUCCCUAUUUUUAAUCAAAUUCUUUCCUUUUUUCUUGUUUAGUAUUUAAUUUCUAUCUACAAAUACAGUUUCCAUUUUCUUGUCUCUUUAUUAUCUAGUACUUGCCUGUUUUGAAUUGGGCACUGAAUAGGUAAGCUGAGAUAGUGAAAUUGAGUUGAAUUAUAGAGUUUUUGAGAUCUGGGUUUUCUUUAUUUUUGAAUUUUUUAAGACUGACUGAGUGAAACGAUAUAGAGUGAUACAAGAUGGAAGAGAGUGUAUUGUGUCAAUGGAGUGUAUUCAGAUCUCUACUCGCUAUUAUUCAGUGGUGGGUUUUCAAUGUUACUGUGAUUAUCAUGAACAAGUGGAUCUUCCAGAAAUUGGAUUUCAAGUUUCCACUCACAGUAUCUUGUGUUCACUUCAUAUGCUCAUCAAUUGGAGCAUAUCUUGCAAUCAAAGUGCUGAAGCUCAAACCAUUGAUAGUGGUUGACCCUGAAGAUCGCUGGCGAAGAAUAUUUCCCAUGUCAUUUGUAUUUUGUGUCAACAUAGUGUUGGGGAAUGUGAGCUUGCGAUACAUUCCUGUUUCUUUCAUGCAAACAAUUAAGUCAUUUACUCCUGCAACCACAGUUGUUUUGCAGUGGUUGGUCUGGAGAAAAUACUUUGAUUGGAGAAUUUGGGCUUCUUUGGUACCUAUUGUUGGAGGAAUACUCCUCACUUCUGUUACUGAGCUCAGCUUUAAUAUGUUUGGAUUCUGUGCUGCCUUAUUUGGAUGUUUGGCUACUUCAACAAAGACUAUCCUUGCAGAAUCUCUGCUACAUGGAUAUAAAUUUGACAGCAUAAACACCGUGUACUAUAUGGCACCUUUUGCAACCAUGAUCUUAGGAGUUCCAGCAAUGCUACUCGAAGGCAGUGGGGUUGUAGAUUGGUUUUACACCCACCAGUCUGUUGGGUCUUCUCUCAUCAUCAUUUUCAGUUCUGGGGUGUUGGCCUUCUGUCUUAACUUCUCCAUCUUUUACGUGAUUCAUUCUACGACUGCAGUUACAUUUAAUGUCGCUGGUAACCUUAAGGUUGCAGUUGCUGUCUUGGUCUCAUGGCUGAUCUUCCGGAACCCAAUUUCAGCUAUGAAUGCCGUUGGAUGUGGUAUCACACUUGUCGGAUGUACAUUCUAUGGGUAUGUGAGGCACUUGCUUGCCCAACAGCCACCGCCACCAGGAACUCCUCGAACUCCCCGGACUCCAAGGAACAGGAUGGAGUUGCUUCCCCUUGUAAAUGAUAAAUUAGAUGAUAAGGUCUGAUAAAAGAGGUGUUGUGGGAGGUUCUUAGUAGUUGAUAUAGGGGUUAAUACGAAUAUAAAUGGGGGAAAUUGGAAAAACAGAGCUUCACUCUUGUUGUGUGCACAUCCAUUAGAUCACCCAUAAAUUUUUAAUAUAUUUUCUUCUCAUCUAGAAAUAGUAAAAGCAUUUGGCUCUAUAAGCAACAAUUUUUGA